AUGGAGCUAGCUAGUACCAAAGACUUCCAGUGGAAAACCCUCGCCCCGCUCCCAAGCCGCAGGGUCUACUCGACCUUGGUGGAAGCCGGCGGGCAAGUGUUUGCCAUCGGGGGCUGCGAUGACAACGGUGUCCCCGUGGGCUGCUUUGAGGUCUACUCCCCCGAGGCCAACCAGUGGACCUCGCUGCCCCCCAUGCCCACGGCCCGGGCCGGGGUGGCUGUGGCCACCUUGGGCAAGAGGAUCAUGGUGGUAGGAGGGGUUGGAGUGAACCAGAUGCCGCUGAAGAUCGUGGAGAUGUACAACGUAGAUGAGGGCAAGUGGAAGAAGAGGAGCUCGCUGAGAGAGGCAGCCAUGGGCAUCUCGGUGACUGCAAAAGACUACAGAGUCUAUGCAGCCGGUGGGAUGGGCUCUGACCUGCGGCCGCACAACUACCUGCAGCACUACGACAUGCUCAAGGACAUCUGGGUGUCGCUGGCGGCCAUGCCCACACCCAGGUACGCUGCCACAUCCUUCCUGCGAGGCACCAAGAUCUACGUGCUGGGUGGAAGGCAGUCCAAGUACGCUAUCAAUGCCUUCGAGGUCUUUGACACAGAGACCAGGUCGUGGACCAAGUUUCCCAACAUCCCCAACAAAAGGGCCUUCUCCAGCUUCGUGCCCACAGAAGACAAACUCUUCAGCCUCGGCGGCCUGCGGCAGGGACGGCUCUACCGGCAGCCCAAGUUCAUGAGGACCGUGGACGUGUUUGACAUGGAACAAGGGGGCUGGAUGAAGAUGGAGCGCUCCUUCUACCUGAAGAAAAGACGAGCAGACUUUGUGGCCGGCUACCUGAAAGGCAGAGUCGUUGUGGCUGGGGGACUAGGAAACCAGCCGACCGUCCUGGAGUCCGCAGAGGCCUUCCACCCCGAGAAGAACAAGUGGGAGAGCCUGCCCCCCAUGCCCACCCCGCGCUGUGCCUGCUCCAGCAUCGUGGUCCGGAACUGCCUGCUGGCUGUCGGCGGGGUGAGCCAGGGCCUGAGCAAUGCCGUGGAGGCCCUGUGCCUCUCCGAUUCCUAG